AUGGCUCCCGUACGUCUUCGCCAUCCAAAGGGUGUAACCACCAUCCAAGUCGACCUGGACGCCUCCAACGUCCUUGGCCUCCAGCAAGCCAUCUUCUCCGCGACCGAGAUUCCGCCAUCUCGCCAGGAUCUCAGGGCAGGGUACCCUCCACAUCCCCUCACCCUCGUCCCGGAGCUCCCGCUGGAGAGCCUCGGGCUCAAGCCAGGCGAGCAGCUCAUUGUCACGGAGAAGGCGGCGCCCACUCGUGCCCCUUCGCAGGCGUCAGCACCAGCACGCGUCCCCGAGGCGAUGACUGGCCUGACGGCCUCGCAGGUGCGGGAGAUUCCAGUUAGCCAGACGGAUUCAAGUAUGCCUGAUACUGUCCCGGUGGAAGGUGGUUAUUUGGUACACCGUAUUGUGCCUGACGACAAUUCAUGUCUCUUCUCCUCGGUUGCCCUGGUCUUUGAGCAGAGCAUCGACAAGGCGCCGCUCGUUCGACAAAUUGUAGCCGAUGCCAUUCGGAAGGAUCUUGAAACGUGGAAUGAAGCUAUCCUUGGUCGCCCACGGGAAGAGUAUAUUUCCACCAUUCUCAAGCCGACAUCCUGGGGCGGGGCGAUCGAAUUGACAAUCCUUGCAUCACACUAUUCGACUGAGAUCUCCUCCGUGGACGUUGAAACCGGGCGUAUCGACCAUUUCACCCCUCCAUCAAACCACGACUCGCGCAAUAGGUGCAUCCUAAUCUAUUCCGGCAUCCACUACGAUGCAGUCAGCAUCGCGCCCAUGCUCGACGUACCGGAUGACUUUCACCAGACGAUCAUGCCUGUGGGUGAUGCGGGCGAUAACGACCCUGUGCUACUCGCUGCGAAGAAGCUCGCAGACAAGCUGAGGGCAAAGAGGGCAUAUACAAACACGGCGACGUUUGACCUUCGAUGUCAGAUCUGUCAGAAAGGGUUGAAAGGAGAGAAGGAGGCGCGUGCACACGCGUCGGAAACGGGACAUGUGCAGUUUGGAGAGUAUUGA